AUGGCAACCGCUCAGCAGGACGCAACAUCCCAGCAGGACUGGGACAUCGCACAGUACGAAGCCGCUUUGGCACAUUUGGAGAAGCUGCAGGAACAGAUUUACGCUAUUCGUAACACGAUGCAGGCUAUCGCCGCGCCACUCAGGCCACGCAACUACUCUUCGAAGCAGCAAGCAUUUGCCGACCUUAGAGACGCGGCCGUGUCCUCGUCAACUGGUCUUCAAGCGUUGAAGGAAGACUGGACCUCGGAAGAGACACGGGAGCUGUUCUCAAGGAGCGACGAGAGCUUGAAAAGGGAUUCCGAUCUCCGUAAAGCGAUGACUGUACCGCAUGCUGGCUGGACCAGCGACGAUUGA